UCAUACAGUCUCUUGCCUCACGCGUUUCCCACGAGCCCCGCUCCCCCGCCUUUCAAUAACGCUCCAGUGCUAUUUUAAGACCCCAGGAAGGCACUUCAUUCUUCCCUUCGGAGGUUGGAAGCCGAUCUAUAUCUCAGCUCCCUGCUGUGCGAGUCCUUUCCAUAGUGCUCUCGAGAACCACACAAGGCUGUCACUGUGCUUAACUGGUAAAAGAGUAUGGUUGUGAGGAUAGCUGAUCGGUGGGACGUUUCCCGGAAAAUCGGUUCAGGCUCUUUCGGCGAUGUGUUCGCAGGAGAGGACGUGAUAACCCAGGAAAAGGUUGCCAUCAAGCGUGAACUGGCCUCAGCACCCUAUCCGUUGAUCAAACACGAAUAUGGAAUGUAUCAAGAAUUCGUACACGUCGAAGGAUUCCCACAAAUCAAGUAUGGAGGCAUUGAGGGGCCGUAUCAUAUCAUUGUGAUGGAGCGUUUGGGACCAACGUUGAAGGACCUUCACUUCGACUCGCCUGGAGGGAGGUUACCGCUGCGGACGGUGGUGUACUGUGCGGUGCAGACGUUGCGGAGGCUGAGGGCGUUGCAUGAUCGAGGGAUAGUCUUUCGCGACGUGAAAUCGGGGCAGUUCUGCGUUGGCCGUGCCGGCGACGACAUCAGCCAGUCGCCGACAAUAUACAUGAUAGACUUCGGCUUGGCGAAGUGGUUCAUAGACGAAGCUGGAAAGCACGUCACCGGCAAGAAGAUCGAUAUCAAACGAUCCAAGACUGGAACCGCUCGAUAUGCGUCGCUCAACGUACAUCGAGGAUUAGAGCAUUCGAGGAGGGAUGACCUUGAGUCCCUAGCAUAUGUCCUCAUUGAGUUGGUGCAAGGACGUCUCCCAUGGUCCAACCUCCGAGCCCACAAUCCUGGGGCCGGCUGGAAGAAAGCGCUAGCGAUGAAAGAACAAGCGUACAUAUCAGAAUUGGUAUCCGGUCUCCCCGACGCCUUCAGAAUACUUCUCGAAUAUGCGCGUGGAAUGAAGUUCACCGACACGCCCGACUACGAUAUGCUGGAUAAGCUGUUUGCGGAUCUGUACGAGAAACUGAGUCCGCGCGGCCCAGGAGAGGACGGGGAGAGACCGCUGGUGUGGGAGGUCGAAGCUCCGGCUAAUGGAGGCUGGUAACGGACAGUCCUUUCGGAGAGCAUGUCCCUCAACCACGACCAUGACAACGGUGGACGACCGCAAACAUCGUGCGCACCGCCGCUUCGUGGACAAGCCAAACCGUAUACCCUCCAUGCGUUCACCACCGCUCUUACGAUACCCCCCCUGGACAUCUUUCGAGAUCCUGAGUCUAUUUGAGUGAUGUUGCUCCUGCGUUUUCAUUCUGCUUACGACGUAUCGGCGUAUCCCAUUCCCCCCUCCCGUAUUUGAGUGUUCUUUGCAUGUCUUCCUAUUUCUCUCCUUCCCCGUCCCUGCUUGAUGUGUGUAUGAUUCUGUGUAGAUAUGGAAGAGUACUCUCUCAGUUCUUUCAUGUGC